AUUUUGAAGUUUAUUAUCUACGGAAUAUUGAUUUUUUAAUCUAUAGAAACUAUUGAAGAUAUUUGUUUUGAUUUUGUGUUUGAAUUUAAAAAUAUUCAAUAACUUUUGUAAAAUCUAAAAAUAUCUAGAAGUGGUGUAUAAAAUUUAUAAAGAACUUUCUAUAUUUAUAAUAAUAUAUUAUUGAACUUGAAAUACACAGAAAAUGGCGACGGUAGUAAAUACUGGGACGAAAAAGCCAAUUAAUGCUAAUAAUCCACCUGCUGUUCGAAAAAAAUCUGGUCCUAGAUUUGAAUUAUCAGAAGAGCAAAACAGAGAUAUCAAGGAAGCUUUUGAUUUAUUUGAUACCGAAAACACUGGAAAAAUUGACACUAAGGAAUUAAAAGUGGCUAUUAGGGCAUUAGGUUUUGAACCAAAAAAGGAGGAAAUAAAAAAAAUGAUUGCUGAAAUCGACAAGGGUGAUGGAAAGGUAUCAUUUGAAGAUUUCCUUGAAUUAAUGACUGUAAAAAUGGCUGAAAAGGAUACAAAAGAAGAAAUAAUGAAAGCAUUUAAACUGUUUGAUGAUGAUGAAACAGGAAAAAUAUCAUUUAAAAAUCUUAAACGAGUUGCAAAAGAAUUGGGGGAAAAUUUAACAGAUGAGGAAUUACAUGAAAUGAUAGAUGAAGCGGAUAGAGAUGGUGAUGGAGAAAUUAAUCAAGAAGAAUUCUUACGUAUUAUGAAGAAAACAAGUCUCUAUUAGACAAUCUUAUAAUAUAAUUUAAGCAC